AUGCGCAGACCGGUUCUUUACGGCCUAAGCUCCGUGCCCGGGCUGGUCGUCGGAAACGGCCAUGGCUGCCAUCUUCCCAUUCACGCCUCCCCUGCCUGCCCUCUGGAAGACUAUGAAUGCCCGCGUGAGCGGCAAUCUCCCACGUGCGCCUGUCUGAUAUUUUGCCAGAUUGAACUCUCCACCCAGUUCUUUCGCUAUGUUCGUUCCUCUGCUGCCGGCGGCGCUGCCGAUUCUAUUCCAUGCCGCGCUCACGUAUCGCGAGGCGGAUAUUUCUUCUCUUUUGAAGCUAGAAGGUUUUAUAGCUACAAGAAUCUAAGAGAUCAAACCCAAGCACUCGAGACUAUCCUCGCUGAAGCCGGCAUCAAUCCUGUUCGCCAGCGUUUGUGGGUCAAUCCUAGUAAUGACAUUUACAAUUUGGAUUCCAACUUGGAGCUGGCCAAGCGGGUCAAGGCGGCUGGUAUGAGUGUCUAUCUGGAUCUUCAUCUGAGCGAUACAUGGGCGGAUCCUAGCGGUCAGGAGAGUUGA